UUUUGCGACUGUAUAAGAACUUAGUUUUGUAUUCUAAAUCCCUAACACUUACGGACCCCGUAUACUUUAAGAAAAGAAUAACUUCAGAAUUUAAACGCAACAAAUCACUGACGGAUUCUAAAGAUAUAUCAUUUGCAUAUGAGAAAGGAGCUGCAUUGCUACGCAAAGGAUCAGUAGUUUAAAAUGUUAAGACCAAAUCUAAUCUUCAAAACCUCCCGACUAAUUGGGCCUAUAAUAAAUGCUUUCAAGCAUACUAUAGAUUACUCAAAGGUGCCAAAACUAAAUGAAUAUGAUUUAGUGGAAAAGUUUGUACGAGGCAGUGGACCUGGUGGUUCCGCUGUGAACAAGAAUGCCAACUGUGUAGUUCUAACGCAUUUACCCUCAGGGUUUACUGUCAAGUGUCACAGUAGUAGAUGCCAGGAUGAAAACAGAAAAAUGGCACGAGAAAUGAUAGUAGCAAAAUUAGACGCUGAAAUAAAUGGAGAGGAUAGUAUAGCAGCUCAGAAGAAGAGAAUAGAAGAGAAGAAGCUAAAGAGGUCCGAGUACAAGAAGAAGAAAAUGGCUUUACUUAAAAAUGAAUGGAAGAAACGUGAAGGAUUGUAAAAUUUGUAAAUAUCUAUACUUCGUUUUUUUGGCAUUAGAAAUAAGGUAAACAAUCUUGAUGUGUCUUUUAAUUGAAAAACACAUUUUAAAAAUAAGUUACUGCAUAUAUGUAACAAUUAUGAAUCAAAUACGAUCAUUUAUAUUCUUCUGCUUUCAUAAGUAAUAGUUAUUGAUUUAAAAAAAGCGUUUUUCAAUUAAAAGACCUGCCAAGAUCGCUUACCUUCUUUCAAGUUCUUUCUAAGGCCAAAAAAAACGAACUAUAAGUUUGUUUCAUGCAACUUGGUAGUCUUUUAGUAAUGAAUCUAGUAAUUAGUUGUCUGUAUGUCCACUAAAUUGUUCAGUUGAAAUGUAGAAAUUAAAUGAGUAUGUAAGGAAUAAAAAUAGUUGAAAAUACUUAA